AUGGCACCCCAAGAUUCAUUCAUAGAAGAUGAGGAGGAUACCUGCCCUCUUUGCAUCGAGGAGUUUGAUCUCUCCGAUCGAAACUUCCGACCAUGUCCUUGUGGCUACCAGUGGAAAGUUGUCACACAAGAAGAAGUUGCCGAGUUCCGUGCCAACAUUCAGAAGAACCAAAAGAAGCGGGCUACUGACCAACGCCAAAAAGAACUUCAGAAACGAGAGGCAGAGAAGGAGAACCGCAAGAACCUCAUCGGCGUACGAGUCGUCCAAAAGAAUUUGGUCUAUAUCACAGGCCUUGCUCCGACCGUCCGGGAAGACGAACUGCUAAAGACAUUGCGAAAGCCUGAGUUCUUUGGUCAAUAUGGCAACAUCCAGAAGAUUUCGAUUAGUAACAGAAAGAGCUCGGAUGGCCAGCACCAGUCACUGGGCAUCUACGUCACCUUUGAAUACCCCGAAGAAGCGACACGUUGCAUCCAAGCCGUGCAUGGGUCACAUAAUGGCGAUCGAGUUCUCAAAGCACAACACGGCACGACGAAAUACUGUUCCGCCUGGCUCAAAAAUGAAAAGUGCAGCAACCCUGGGUGUAUGUUCUUACACGAACAGGGUGAUGAGGAGGACAGCUACAGUCGGCAAGACCUUUCAUCGAUGAACAGUAUCGCUUCCCAACGACCCCUCCCUGCAGGUGGAUCACGGUCUGCUUCCCGGCAACAAGCUCCUCAUCCCACCCCGCCACCUGUCGUAUCUCAUCCUAUGACACGCUCCAUCAGCAAGGAGGGAUCUGAGAACGGUGUUGACGGAUCGGCAUUACCUUCCUCAGCUAACUGGGCACGCAAUCCACAGCGGAGCCGUAGGGGCAGUCUCGCUACUAGCGGUGCCGCGUCAAGCCCCGCUAUCUCGGCAGCUCAACCUGUAACUGCUGAGCCUGUUCCGGAAGAAGCAGUUGAGGAAGAAGAAGACGAGGACGAAGAGGACGAGGAAGAUGAAGAAGAAGAGCCUCAACCAGAGGAACCAGUGGCCGGGCCCUCUUCAUCUCGUGCAAUGGAACCCGAAUCUCCUGCACCAGCCAGGAGCCUGGCCGAGAGUGGGAAGAGAGAUUUGAGAGACAUUCUCAAGAUACUGGGUAGCACUCCCUGGCCUCCUUUGUCUACCGAUGUAGCAGACCAGUAUCCGCCCUUGUUCGAUCCCCGUGGUGGUGAAAAGCGCAGAGCUAUGCGAGAAGAGGAAGAUUCGCGAUUGGGUGGUGAACAGGAAGAGAUUCCCGAGGCCCGCGAGCCAUCCGAAGGCGAACCCGAAACCGGUGGAAGUCUUGCUCUUGGUGGUGAACCGGAGGACCGUGACGCAUCCAACGACAAUAGAGGUUUUGACCGUCGAGGCAGCACCCAGCCUCCUAUUCAACGACUCUCCACUGACGGUCUCUUUGGGCCUGCCCUCACCGGAGCAUCGCCCUUUGGUCAGAGCUCGGGCAAUCCUGGUUCGCGGUCCAUGACACCCCAGCAAUUGUUCCUUCGAUCUCAGAGUGGCUUUGGUGAUGCACCACCAGGAAUUUCUAGCCAAAGUAAUGCCUUCCAGAGCCAGGGCCAGGGACAAGGCCACAACCGCCAGUCGUCCCGAUUCAGUUUCGCCAAUGACAGCGCUAGCUCUGCAACGAACGUCAAGGUUUCGACCAACCCGCGCAUCAUGGCCCAACAGUCUUCCAUGAUGCCCAACACCUUCCAAUCCCAGGGCAACAACCAGUUCUAUGGUGCUUCUAUGCCUGGACCUCCUCCAGGCCUCAAGUCGACCGGCACUCCUCCCAACAUGUUUGGCCAGUUUGGAGGACAAGGCUUCAAUGCGCCAAAGGACAACUCGAGUGAGAUUCUUCAAAGUUUAAUGGGCCGCAACCGGGCUGGCAAUAGCCAGUCCCAUGAUGCGGGAAAGCGGGGGAGUGGCCUAGUAGAUCUUGCAGACCCGAGUAUCCUGCAGGUGCGAAUGCAGCAUCAGUCUCAAGGCAGCGCCGGAGUCGGACAGGGCUUGUUUGGUGGCCAGAGUCAAGAUGAUGAGCUCCCGUCUUUGGACGAGGCUACGAACUCUGUCGAUGCGUUGGUUUCGGACGACCCAAUCCUCCCUCCGAUCACCCUUGAAGGACGUCAAUCUGUGCCCCCCGGCUUGGGGCUGCCCCCUGGGCUUACACCCAUCUCGAGACCGCCAUCCACCACGGGCUAUACGAGGUUUAGCAAUGUUUUACCAGUGUUGCCCAAGAUGCCACCGCCUGGUCUGUCACAAGGUGCUUUAACUCCGGAACAAUCACCCAGAAAUCCAAUGCCGGCAACCCCUGUCUCGGAAGCAAAGAAAAUAUCCAAGUCUUUGUCAACCGAGAGCGGGCUUUCGAAAGAGAUCACAAGUCAACCGCAACCAAAGCAGAUCAAGGGAAUUAACUUGGAGGAAGAGGAAUUCCCGGCUUUGGAUGCAUUGAAGAGUAAAAGCCGACCCGCUACGCCUACACCCAAACCCACUCCAAAGGCCAAACGCAAUGCAGAGAGAAUUGUGGAUAGAAUGAUGGCCAAGGCUGGGGCCAGCAAGCAGAGCAGCACAGCAGAGGAGCCUAAGGUUCAAGAUGCCAAGGUCCAAGGUGCCAAAUCCCAAGAGGUCAAACAGGAGAACAAGGUCCCAGAGUCAAAGCCUACAAUUGAGAAGAAGCCUGUCUCUCUCAAAUCUCAGUCUGAGGAGAAUUCUGCGCCCACCCAGUCUGCUAAGACAUAUGGCAAAACUCCUAUCUAUCUCAACACCCAGAUCGAAACGAGUACUGUGCCCAAGCCUGGCGAGUCAUCCGCAACGACUGAGAAGCCUAGUACAGGAAAUGCGGCUGCUUUCCCUCCGUUACCUGCCCUUUCAUCGGCUGCGACCUCGUCUCCUGUUACACGGACAGGACCAAAGACACUGCGAGUCGUUUCCACCCCUAGAACGGAGGCUCCUCCUCCUGCAUCCCCUGCUUUGACUAUGGCAUCCGUUGCUCUAUCAGGAUCACGAGGGGUGUCUGCUAAUUACAGACCAGAUACGCCUGCUAGCAGCGAGGCAGUUAGUGACAACGCAUCGGUCGUAUCUGCCUCUGUAACACACUCUCGUGCGAGCUCCCCACCUCCUAGCAGGGUUGGAUCAGCUGCGGUACGAACUACAACAAAGAGCCAACAACGCAAGGCACGCAAGGACGUCUUGAAGCAGGAAACCAAGAUGAUUGCCGAAGCGCCUAAAGUCGAGGCUGAAGUCCAGGCUCCGAUCAUUGGACGAAAGAAGAAACAGAAGAAGGAAAAGCCUACCAAGGCACCUCAGUCUGAUCCUGCUACCUCGGCAGCCCCAGAAACUGCGAAGGCUGAUGCUUCCACUGCCGAGUCUUUCCAGCCAGAGCCCACCAAGGAACCCGAACAAGAGCCAGAAGAGAAGCCCUCUAAAAGUAAAACGGCCCAAAAAAAGGCCGCAAAGUCGAAGGGUAAAGCAAAAGAGGUCGACUCCGAGUCUACUCCUCAGCCCCCAUCUCCCGCCCAGGAAGCUACUCCCGAAACCCAGGAGACUACGGAGAAGCCAGGGCCGAACCCCACAUCGGUUUUCGCUGAAAUCAAAAACGCCCUUUGGGCUUCCAGCGUGGACAAGCUGCAGCUUUUCAAACCUAUUGCUAGUGGUUCAUCGCGAACCGAUUACAACGCUCAUAACAACGCCAACAAGGCCGAGCAUUGUAAGGACUGCUCUUGCAAGUGUGGCGAAAUUCAGGACGAUGACCUUGCGGCGUUGCGUGCAGGCAAACCCGUCCGCAAACAAUUCCACGUCGAUGGUAGUCGCAUGCUCAUCACCCCCAAUGGUGAUUGCGUCCGCGGUCUACACCCAGAGGAAGAAGAUGCUUUCCUUGAGCUGCAAGCUGCCAUUGCCGACACAGCAGAGAACCCUGGAUCCUUCAUUGCCCCUAGACAUCAACCUGGAACUGGAGCGUUCUCUUUGAUCAAGGGCAGAGCCGUCCCUAAUGGACGCCCCAACAUCUUCCCCACCAGUGCCCAGCUCCAAUCUCAAGACCCUAUUGGAAAGCUUCAGAGGGAGGAUGCACUGAGCUACAUCAACCAAUAUGUCCUACCUCGCCUUAACCUAGGAGCUACUAACAUGGGUUUCCCCAAGGGUGCAUCGCCUACCAAGGAUGCGGCUGCUGCAAGUCUUAACUCCCUUGCCCCCUAUUUCUAUGGUCCUGAUGCCGCUGCUGGAGUUGGUAUCUACAGCCCACCCGAUGGAGCGCGAGCAAUGCAGGAUUUCAGCUCAGCUGGUAUGUCGCCCGAAGAACGCGGGAAAAACUUUGGAAUGAGCGUCGGUGGUAUGCCCUUGAUGAGCGUUAAGGACGCCGAAGGUGCGCUGGCCACUGCCCGACGAGAGACAGAGAAGUUGGAGAAGGGGUUGAACCAGGUCAUUCGCCGCAACCGACGACUUGUUCUUGGAGGUAACAACUAA